AUAUUACGAUAAUGCAGUUUGGCUUCCACAUGUUUGUAUUGUUUGUAAGCAAGUUGAUAGCUGCGUCAAGUAACAGGCAAAUUCUAGGAGCAAAUUAUUCGUGAACACUUUAAAGCGUGAUAAAACAAUAUUUACGUUGUCUGUGAGCUUGGCGUGAUAAAGACUCGGAAGUAGAACGGAAUAUUCCAAGACUGAAGAUAAGACGUAAUUAGAUAACGUAUCAGUUGUAUUGAAAGUUGCUAGUCCAGAAAGUUUCCCAACGAUGGCUGCGACGAGAGAAAAGCGUGCGAAUGCUGGCAAUAAAAUGGCAAGAUUGUUGAACGAGGAGGAGGAAGAUGAUUUCUAUAAAACUACAUACGGUGGCUUCGAUGAAGUGGAACAGGAUCACGAUUACAUGGAAGAAGAUGAAGCGGAGGACGAAGUGGAUUCGGACUUUAGCAUUGAUGAGAAUGAUGAGCCGGUAUCCGAUACCGAGCAAGAGGGGCCGAAAAAGAAACGCAGAUUAGUGACGAAAGCGUAUAAGGAGCCUAAACCUGCUGCGCAAUCAACGCCCAGAGAAAGGAAGAUAAAACAAUCGAAACCAGAUAAGAUUUUCAUAGACGGCAUAGAGAGAAAAUCAAUACGCCGCUCUACCGCCGCAAAGUCGGCAGCUACGCAGAAACGCUUGCGUGAGAGAAACGAGGAUCAGAGGCGGAAGAUAAAAGUUGUAAAGCAUGAUAUAUGGAAACCCACUCAGGAGGAAUUACUAGAAGAAGCGUUGCAAACAGAGGAACUUAAUGUGAAAUCGUUGGAAAAAUAUCAGAAACUAGAAAAUGAAAAAAAGACCACGAGAACUGUGAGAAAGACACAUACUGGACCGAUGAUUAGGUAUCAAUCAGUGUCGAUGCCAGUCAUGGUAUUAUCUGAGACACGCGUGGAUGAAGAUGAAAAAAUCAAUGUUGAAUGUGAUGAUGAGAAAACAGGAAAUUCUAAUAACCCAGGUUCUGACAGCUCUCCAAAAGAAGGAAGCGAAACAGAGUCAAAAACAGAUGGGAAAGACGAUAACAGGGAAGAAUCUGCGGAUACAGCUGUCUCUGCGCCCACUAAAGAAAAAGAUAUUCAUGCCGAAGAAACCGGGACAUUUUAUGAACGGACGUUUAUUACUUUUGAAAACGAACAAUCGUACCUAGACGUAUUUAAGAAAUCGACACAACAAAGGCCGCCGUUGAAGCCUCUAUGUGCAAUCACACGAUUGCCUGCUAAGUAUCUGGAUCCUAUGACACAACUACCGUAUAAAAAUGUACAGACCUUUCGAUUGCUUCGAGAAGCUUAUUAUCAGCAGUUAGAAGGUCGGACUGAUCUUAACGAUGCCUCUCAAAGUCCAGAAUUAUCGCGAUGGCUUGAAUGGCGACAGAAAAAUCAUAGUAAUUCUCAGAGAAAUACUAUUCGUCUGGAGUCAGCAUCUUUACCUGUAUCUUCAUAAUCUUCUUUUCCUACUUGUAAGUAGGAAUUUAGGAUUAAAAAUAGCCUGUUUUUUUGUUAUUCCCACGACCUACUAUAAAUUAAAUUUUUACUAUGUAUUUAUAAUAAAGCGCAAUAUAAUUAUCUUCUAGACAUUUUAUAAAGAUAAUUUCAUGCACGGUAUCCUUGUAAUACUAAUUGUAAUAUAUAAAUUAUGGCGCUAUAAUUUAUAA